UUAUUGGGAAAAAAAAGAAGAAAUAACACUCAACUUUACUCUUUUCUCAUCUCUUUCGUUCACUCUUCCUAGUUCCUACUACCCAAAAUCUCCGAACUCCAACUUCUCCUUCUUUUCUCAAAUCACCUGAUUCCCUCUAUACUACUUUGAAUUCUUUGAGAUCCGGCUACCAAAUAGAGAGGCAAAAGCAAAUUUUGUCCCGAAGGAGAUUAGAGAAAGCUUGGUUAUGGCGGUGGAGAUUUGGGAUCUCAGGAAUCCAACGAGGAUUUGAUGUAAAUCCUUGAUUUCUAGCAUCGAUUUGGCAACUCUUUCUCGUUUCCAGGAUGAUAUGAAAAAUUCCUUGAGAUCAAUGAGUGAGUUCUGCUUGGCAACGAUUCUGUUGUCGUUCAAUUUCAAGUACUAGAACAGAGCUCAGAUCGAUUUUGGCGAAACGAGAAGACUGCAAGAUGCUGCGACUUCUCCCCUGUUGUUGCAGCUGCUCACCUAAACAUCCCGCUCAUCGACCUCAGUAGCUCCUCCAGAACCACCGCCCGCUUCUCUACAGAUUUUCUCACCAAUUCAUCGAACGCGGCGACGAGCACACCGGCGGCGCCAUUGGACAUGGUGGAAAUCCGGUUCCGCCGGCUCACUCUCCCAGCUGUUGAGCUUCCUCAAACACGUGGCGUCAGAUCCUCUCAACUCCGAAUGCACAAUCAUGAAUCAUCCUCAUCAGAUCGCCGAGGAGAGCAGCAGCACGAGAAGAAGCUUCACAACGACAAACACCAAGGAAGCCUCAUUGCUGGAGGCCUAGAAGGGUGGCUCCAUGAGAAGUUUGUCACUAUCAGAAGAUUUCUGGUUUCUUUAUCCCUGUUGCCAACUUGGUUCGACUGGUAAUCAAUCUGAGUUUGUCUCUGGGUCUCAUGUAUACAUAUGACUCGGCUGACCAAUUGUUACUUAAAGUAGAUAUGUCUUCUCAUUCUGGUAGUCCAUGGUAAUUUGUAGGAUUUGGCCAAUGACUAUUUACAUGGAAAGCUCCUAGAAGCAGGCAUUUAGAGGACUGUUUGGCAUAACUUGUGUUUCAGAGUAGACUGCACUUUCAUUAGUUACUGUUGGUUUUAUCAUCUUGGUAUUGCAGAAUUUGAGUUUCAUUGUUGUGCAUGGUCCUUACAUUUUUAUCACUAGGUAAAAGCGAUCACCCAAGAUUAUAGCCAGGAAGUGAACUGCUGGAAACUUGAAGGUAUCGUGGCUCUUCAAGAGGUACCAUGACCACUUGCAUUGUUCUCAUUGCUUUUCCAUUCAAGUUAAUGAAAUAGCAUAGGGACAUUUCAAGCUUUACUGUGACUGGUUUCUUUCACUUUUACUGAUACAACUUAUGAAUUAUGAUCAGAACUUUCCAGACAAUCACUUGAACCUGAGUCUAUUAAUUGAAUCGCCAUGUGUUUUAGGAAGCAGAGGAUUUCUUGGUCCACUUAUUUAAAGGUGGGAUGCUAUGUGCAGCUCAUGCCAAACGUGUUACAUUGAGUGAGGUU